AUUUUUUUAGGACUAUCGAUAAUACCGAUAGUUGAAGACGAUAUAUCGAUAUCGUUUUUUUUCGUCAAAAAUUGUCUAUUUUCUCAAAAAGUGCGCGUUCAUUUCAUAUUUCAACAAAAAAAUUGAGAGAUAUUAUUUUUGAAAUGUGAAAUUAUUUCAAAAUACAGAUGAAAGCAUCAAUUUUAUUGCUUUGUUACAUCAUAAUGACGCUCCAAAGUGUUAUUCAACAAUUAUCCUGCCCAUUACUGUGCAAUUUUACGUGUUUUUAACGUUCACCAAACUAUCGAUACUAUCGAUAUAAUACCGAUAGUUUGGUUACGAUAGUUUUUCAAUACCGAUAGUUGAAAAAUAUCGAUAUUUUGCAUCACUAACAGAUGGACCAUAUGGACAGAUGGAAUAAUGAAAAUGAAAUUGAAAUUUGGAAAUCGAAGGACCCAACAUGGCUGACUCCCAUAUAUGACGUCACUAUCACUGUUUAUGAUAAGGAUAUAGAAUGUAGAUAUUUAUAAGUUUCAUGGGUAUUGCACUAUUGCACCUAGUUUAAACCUUUUUUUUUCAUGUGAUAAGUGUUAUAAAGUAGAAUAUAAUGUUGACACAUUUGAAAAUAUCCUAGUCAUAGAUGGUCCUAGCUAGUGAUGGGAUCCAUUUCUUUUCUUCUCGCACUUAAUACUUUUGCCUCUGCUUCUCUCCGGCCAAUUUGCCUUUCUUUUACUUUCAAAAUUGAGAUUUCAAAUUUACCUACUAGAAAUUCUAAAGUUGUUGUGGAGUCAAAAAAAAUGAACUCAGCGCAUAAAAAAUUCACCUCUUAAACAUAAACAAAAUUAAACACUAGUACCUUGCGCAACAACAGAAUCAAAAUCUUUUGAUAGUUGCAAAUUUACAGCCUAAAUUUUUUUUGUAAAAUUUGUAGAUGUAGAUGUUGUGUUGAUUCAUGUUCAACUCUCAGUCUCAACCACUCUCGUUUUAGAAAUCAGAUUAAUCAUUAAUUGAAAAUAUCAUUACAAAUACUCAACCUACUGCAAGUAACAAGAUUAUUGUUUCAGAAGAAGAGAUGCACUUAACAUGGCAUCAGAUAAGUAUUAUUUAAGUUUUCAUUCCAAACUCUGUUGAAGAUGCAGCGUAUACUUUAUGUGUUGUUUUAUGAUGCUUUAUUUCAGGGUUCUCUUCACCGGAAUAAGCAGAACUGAUUGUCAUAUCAAUACAAGUAAAAUUGACAUUUGACAAAUCUCAAACUUUCAAAGAUACAUACUUCCAAGAACUUCAAUAACUUGAUCAAGUAUGGCAUGGCGCUAGAGGAGAUUACCCUUCGAGGUAGUAGUGUAAAAUUUAACUACCGCUGUUUUUUGUGAAAAUCUUGUUAAUAUGGUGGGAAUUGAUAUUCUAUCGAAGAAUUUUUUCAGAAUUCCUCGGACAAGUUGAAAAUAAUUGGUGGUUAGAUUCUUUCUAAUAAAAUCCUGACUUCUAUAAGAAUCUAACUACCAGAUUUCUUCAACGGGUCCGACAAAUUUUGGAAAAAUUCUUCGAUAGAACACUAAUUCCCAUCAUUUUAGUCAGGAUUUUGCAAAAAAACCAGUAGUUAGAUAUUAAUGAAAAUGAAAAUUAAUUAGAAAUUAACUACCAAAGGUACACAAACACAUAUGUACAUUACGUAGUUACACUAGGUUAGUUUUAGAAUUUUUCAAUCACUCGUUGGUUCACAACGACUAUCAAGAAUUUACAUUGUACGUACGCAAUGUGGUAAGUUCUGUUUGGUAUAAGUUAGGUUUAGGUAGAUGUAAAUUUAUUUUAUUUCAAUUUUUAUUUAAAAAAUCGUGACAAAAAAAAUUCACAUCUAUCUAAACCCAACUUAUACUAAACAGAAAUUACCAGUCGUUGUGAAAUGUGAAUGUGAACCAAUGAGUGAUUGCAAAAGUUCUAAAACUAACUUAGUGUAACUAUGUAAUGUACAUACAUUUAUGUGUUUGUGUACCUUUGGUAGUUAAUAUUUCUAAUUAAUUUUUAUUUUCAUUAAUAUCUAACUACGGUUUUUUUUUUUUUUUUUUUGUUGCAAAAUCUUGUCUAAAAUGGUGGGAAUUAGUGCUCUAUCGAAGAAUUUUUUCAAAAUUUGUCGGACCAGUUGAAGAAAUGGUAGUUAGAUUCUUAAGAAGUCAGAAAUUUUAUUAGAAUCUAACUACUGAUUAUUUUCAACUUGUCCGAGAAAUUCUGAAAAAAUUCUUCGAUAGAAAACCAAUUCCCACCAUAUUAACAAAAUUUUCACAAAAAACAGCGGUAGUUAUUGAAGAAAAUUGUUGGUUAGAUUCUUAUAAGUCAGGAAUUUCAUAAGUAUCUAACUACCAAUUUUCCUCAACUUGUCCGAGUAUUUAUGAAUAAAUUCUUCGUCAGGAUACUAUUUCACAUCAUUUUAACACGAUUUUCGCAAAAAACAGUGGUAGUUAAAUAUUACACUACUACCGCGUUGGUAGUAUGAUUCAAAUACAUAAUUAAAAUGACUAUAGUUUGCUCUGAUUUAAAACGAUUUUUUCAUGUCCUUUCAAUUUUUAUACUAGGUACCUAUUCUAAUUCGUUGGGAUAUUUUUGCCAAAUUUGUAUUAUUAAUGUGAUUUUUUUGAUAGAUACCAUAAUAAUUCACGCGUUCGAACAUCUACCUACUUCGGAUACAUGCUACAGACAUGGUGCUCUAUUUUCACCUGACCAGGCCUGUACUGUGCCUAAUCAACGUGGAUAUUAAUUGAGAAAUGACAGUCUGAUGUCUGAACUAUUGAAUGGUGGUUUGCGAACAUUGUUAUAGCACAAUACCUAGUUGGCAAUUUGAGCGUUACGCUUACAUUGAAGCCUUGGAAGCUGCUUGAGCAGUACAAUUAUGACCCCGGAAUAAUUGUAUAUCAUCUAGUUGAAUAAAUGAUUUACAAACUGAAGUAAAUGAAUAACCAAAGAUGAAAGAUAUUACGUAUUUCGUUGACAAAUGAUUUCAUAUACCCGACAAGUACAAAGGAUUUACCGAAAAAAAAUUUUCAAAACGUUGCACCCGAGUUAUUUAGAAUUGCUGCGCAGUAUUUGUUAUACCUUUCGAAUUCGGUUGGAUAAGAUUUUGAUACCCAAACAUCAGCUUCGGCUGUUGAAAGGAAAUUAACGUUAAAACGGGGAAACCAGAUCACAUGUUGAGGAUUGUCAAAUAUGGUAUGUGUAAGUCUCCGCUAAUGAUGCAUACGUUGACGACAGUGGUCAAAAAGUAUCUUACUGACGUUCAAAAACAAAUGCGGCCUGAUGUGGAUGACACAUCGAACGAAUCCGAUGAACAGUCUCCAGGACAAAACGUUGUAGCGGAAAAUCAGGGUUUAGGUGUGGAUGGCGAAGUAUUGUCGAAUGAAUCUGAUCCAGCGUCUCCGGGACAAAAUGAUAUGGCAGAAAAUCAGGGUUUAGGUGUGGAUGCCGGAGUAUCGUCAGAAGAAUCGAAUCCACCACCUCCGGCGCAGAAUGAUAUGCCUGAAAAUCCGAUCCUUCAAGUAGUAGUGUCUUCAAACGAAUCGCUACCACAAAGUAGUGACUCUUCGCCAAUUACCCCGGAUCGAGAUCGCUCAAGAUCGCUCUCUUCUGAAGUGGCGCCACCCACUCCUCACGUCGAGUUACCAGAAGGGGAAUUUCCAAUCGCCCAAGCCAGUUCAUCCACUGAUCAUCGUGGGAUGGAUAAUAGUUUAAUAAGUCAACGUGAGAGAUUCCUUUCUACAGUUACAGAAUAUGCGAUUGGUCCGUCAACCUCUAGUCUCACAGGAGAAAUGAAUGAACAAAUAUCGCGUGUAUCUAGAGAAAUAUGCGAAGAGCUCAUCAACGAUUCAAGUAGUAAUAGCGUCUCAUCGUUUUUAAGUUUUGUAUUAAUGCUGCCUGAGUCAAGACGUUUGCAAUACUUGGCACAAGUUAUCGAAAUAUUAGGAUUAGCAGAAAAUCAAUAGUUUAUUUGAAUCGGUCAGUGCAGAAAGGUAACAAGUCACAUUUUUGAAAAAAAAUUUUUUGCGGAAAUGGGGGUUUCAAAGUAUGGCGGAUCGACUGGUGAUGUCAGAUUUCCGCAAAACUGCCGGGAAAGUGGUAUUUGGGCGCAGAAAAAGGGCGGAUCCGCAUUUAUGACUUUUUUGUAAAUUUUUUUAAAUUCCUUGAAAAAUAACUAACAUUUUUGAGAAGACCAUUUUUUGAAAUUUAAGUUAAUCUCUGAACUGAAAAAGGAUGAAAAAAUUAACAACUUCGACAAAAAGUCUUAGAACUCAAGGGGUUUUUGGUCAAUUUAAACGGGAUAGCAGUCUAAAUGAUGUACUUAGAUGUAGAAUCAAGCCCCAUUCGUGCCCGAGAAAUUUCGAAAGAAAUUUUGUCAAUUCAGUGCAGAAAGGGUCUAAGUCCCAUUUGUUUAGGCAGCAACAGCACUGGCGCACGUGAAUAUUUUUUUUUGGAAACUGCGCUAAAAGUUGUGUCUUGGGGUCCUCUUUCAAUGACCUUAAGCAUGUUUACUGAAAUUUUUUGAUUUUUGAAUGAAUCAGUUUUUUGUUAUUCCUGAAAAACGCAAAAAUGGACUUAUGCCCUUUCUGCACUGACCGAUUCAUUUAUGAUGCAAUUUUUUGAAUAUUGAUUUUAAUUGUUUUUAAAUUUUAAUUGAACGAAAAUUCGGAUCUAUUUUUUUAAAAAACUGUUUCACUCUACAAUUUUUGAGUCCUUUUAAUGUGUGUACCUAAUUUUAAAAACUCUGUUUCGUUCUACAAUAAUGUAUAAAGUCCUUUUAAUAAAUAUUCUAGGCAGUAA